CAGCAACAGAAGACCCCUCUCGCUCUCUCUCUCUCUGUCUAGUUUUUGAAUAAAGAGAGCCGCUGUUUCUUACCAACACGUAGCCUUGUUCAUUCACACAAUCUUCCUGUUUCAUCAAAUCUCACCCUUUAUUCCUUCACACUGACUCCAUUUCUCUUUCGGGUCCGACGUUAAAUUGCUAAUGUCCGAUCAUGGACGAUGCUCUUGAUGUCCCUGAGUACUUCACGUGUCCCAUAUCUCUGCAGCUCAUGAGAGACCCCGUGACUGCCGUCACCGGCAUCACCUACGACAGAGAGAGCAUCGAGCAGUGGCUUUCCAGCGGUGAGAGUGCGACCUGCCCCGUCACCAAGCAGCCGUUGACGAAGGUCUCCGACCUGACCCCGAACCACACCCUCCGCAGGCUGAUCCAGUUGUGGUGCAACGAGAACGCCUCUCGGGGUGUCGACCGCAUUCCCACCCCGAGAGCGCCCCUUGGCAAGUCCUGCUUGCUUAAACUCGUCGGAGACAUCCAAUGCCAUCGAUCGGAGAUCGAGACCCUGAGACGCAUCGAAAUGCUCGCGGUAGAGAACGAGCGAAAUAGAAAUCUUAUGAUAGAGGCUGGGAUUCCCAAGGCUAUAAUGUCAUACGUUGCAAAUUGUUGCGAUGAAAACCGGACCAUUGGUCUCGAGGAAGCAUUGAGCAUACUAGUACUACUUCGAGUCCCAUCCGCACACGCGGAGCUGCUCGUCGGCCAAAACGAUCAGAUCAUCAAAUCACUGACUUGGGUUUUAGGUUGUGAAGUCGACAAUCGCAUCGCAGUGAGAUCACAUGUGCUUAUAGUCCUCAAGAGGAUGAUCGAAGCGGCCAGUUCCUCUGUGCUAGAAAGAUUGAAAAGCGAGUUCUUCCAAACAAUCAUCGGUCUCCUAAGGAACGGCAUCACUCAACAAGCACUAAACGCGUCACUCCAUAUAUUGCUCGACUCGUGCCCAUGGGGGAGAAACCGCGCGAUGAUGGUGGAGCAUGGCGCCGUGUUCGAGCUCAUUGAGCUGGAACUAGGGUUCCCCGAGAGGAAGACCACCGAGCUAAUCCUCGGAGUAUUGUUCCACCUAUGUUCUUGCGCCGACGGGAGGGCUCAGUUCAUGGGCCACAGAUGCGGGAUCGCCGUGGUCUCGCAGAGGAUCCUGAACGUCUCGCAAUCCGUGGACGAGCGGGCCGUCCUCAUACUUUCGAUGCUGAGCCGGUUUUCCGGGAAUUCGAUGUUCGUCCGGGAGAUGCUAAUGGUCAAAGCCGUGUCGAAGCUUUGCUUCUUGCUACAAGCGGAUCACACGACGUACUUGAAAGACAAAGCUCGAGAAAUACUUAAAACGCACUUGGACGAAUGGAAGAAGUCUCCUUGUAUCAAUGAUACGCUCAUAACUAGGGUUACUAGGUAAGUGCAUGAUUUGUGAGUGUAUGAAUUAAUCAAAAAUGUGGUUUCUUUGUUA